UCUCUUUAUUCUGCCAUUGUUUUUGACUGAAGGCAGAAUUGCUUCAGUCAUAUAAAAAUAAACUUGACAAGACAUGCAAAUAAUAAAGACAUUCAAAAAAGUUCUUCUGAUCUGAAGAUUAUAGACAAACAUGACAUCAAAGUUGUUAAAAAACAAAAAGAAACCAUGGAAAGUCCCUCCCUGUUUUCACAACAGUUCAGUUCUGACAUUUCCUGGUUCCUCCUCUCGCACUAGUCUUGACAGGUCGAGUUUAGCGAAAAACUCUGCUUUGAAGAAUGCGAUUAGCAAAGUCUUACUGCGGAAGAUAAAAGAGGAAGAAAACUGACUUUUUAUAGGAAACUUUUACAAGAGAAAGUAACAGACAGCAACAGUAGUUGUUUAGAGAUGAAAUGGCACAACCAGGAAGUCUUGUGGAUUCAAUGAAAUUCUUUUGUUCGAUCUGUCGGGAUCUACUGAAGGAUCCGGUGACUAUUCCCUGUGGACACAGUUACUGUAUGAACUGUAUUAAAGACUGCUGGGAUGGAGAAGAUCAGAGAAGAAUCCACAGCUGCCCUCAGUGCAGGAAAGAGUUCAUACCAAGACCUGAACUGGUGAAAAACAUCAUGCUAGCAGAGUUGGUGGAGGAUCUGAGGAAGACUGGACUCCAAACUGCACCAGCUGAUCACUGCUAUGCUGGACCUGAAGAUGUGGCCUGUGAUGUUUGUACUGGUAGGAAGAUGAAAGCUGUCAAGUCCUGUCUGGUCUGUAUGGCUUCCUACUGUAAGAAUCAUCUUCAACCUCACUAUGAAUCUCCCAAUUUUAAAAAGCAUAAUCUGGUUGAAGCGUCUACUAAACUCCAGCAGAACAUCUGUUCUCAUCAUGAUGAGGUGAUGAAGAUCUUCUGUCGUACUGAUCAGCAGUGUAUCUGUUAUCUCUGCACUAUGGAUGAACAUAAAGGACAUGACACAGUCCCAGCUGCAACAGAAAGAGCUGAGAAACAGAAGGAGCUUCAGGAGAGACAACAACAAAUCCAUCAGAGAAUCCAGGACCAAGAGAAAGAUGUGAAGCUGCUUCAACAGAAGGUGGAGGCCAUCAAUGUCUCUGCUGAUAAAGCAGUGGAGGACAGUGAGAAGAUCUUCACUGAGCUGAUCCGUCUCCUCCAGAAAAGAAGGUCUGAUGUGAAGCAGCAGAUCAGAUCCCAGCAGGAAACUGAAGUGAGUCGAGUCAAAGAUGUUCAGGAGAAGCUGGAGCAGGAGAUCACUGAGCUGAAGAGGAAAGACGCUGAGCUGGAGCAGCUCUCACACACAGAGGAUCACAUCCAGUUUCUCCUCAACUACCCCUCACUGCCAGCACUCAGUGAGUCUACACGCUCCAGACAUAAAAUUCAACCCCGGAAAAACUUUAAGGAUGUGACAGCAGCUGUGUCAGAGCUCAGAGACAAACUCUUGGACAUCCUGAGACAGAAAAGGACAAAAACCUCUCUGACAGCCAUCAAAGUGGGCGUUCUACAGUUAGAACCAGAACCUAAAACCAGACAUGAUUUCUUGAAAUACUCACAAGAAAUCACUCUGGAUUCAAAUACAGCAUACAUAGAUCUGUUAUUGUCUGAGGGUAACAGAAAAACUACAUUGAUGAAACAACAACAGUCUUAUCCUUAUCAUCCAGAGAGAUUCACUUAUUAUGAUCAGGUUCUGAGUAGAGAGAGUCUGACUGGACGUUGUUACUGGGAGGUGGAGUGGAGAGGGGAAGGAGUUCGUCUAGCAGUUGCAUACAGAAGCAUCAGACGUGGAGGAGGGUCAGAUGAAUCCGCAUUUGGACGAAACGAUAAAUCUUGGGCUUUACGUUGUGACAAAAAUAGUUAUCAAUUUUGGCACAAUAACAUUAAAACUCCAGUAUCAGGUCCAGUUUCCUCCAGAAUAGGAGUGUACCUGGAUCACAGAGCAGGUAUUCUGUCUUUCUACAGCGUCUCUGAUUCAAUGACUCUCCUCCACAGAGUCCAGACCAGAUUCACUCAGCCUCUGUAUGCUGGGGUUUGGCUUUUUAACUAUGGAACCACAGCUGAGUUCAUUAAAGCCAAAUAGAACAAAUCCAGGGACAGAGGGUUAGUUUGGGAUCACCUGUGAUUUGACACCAUCGUAUGUCUGUGAUUUGCAGACAUACUGAUGUUUGUAUGUCUGCAAACAUCUGUAGAACUUUUUAAUUAAUUUUAGAAAAAGUAGUGUAAUAAAUAAGUCAGAUAAACAUUUUAUUCUGUAUUUGCUUUUGUGUGUGUACUGAUAAUGAUUUAAAUGUGUGAAGUUAACCUCAGAGCUCCCACUGAAACUUUCGUCACUGUUCAACUCGACUGAUAGGAUUCAACAAACCAGAUGGUCUUAGAUGUUCAGAGAUGAUUGAGCCUUUAUCAUGGAUAUAAUGUACAAAUUCAAAUAAAAUUUUAAAAAUCAUUGUUUUCAUAGCUCACAGUUCUAUUCAAUGGUAUUUAAUUCAGGUUAAUCUGGGAACAUUAAAGUAUAUUCAUAGCAUGUUUGUGUUUCAUGUAAUCAUUUUACAAUUUCGAAUUUUUAUUAUUUUCCAUGAUCACUGAUUUUGUUACUGUUAUUUUAUCUCUGUAAAGUGCUACAUUAAUAAAAUACACUUGUGCAAUAAUCAGCAGAAAUUAUUCAUUUAAGUUACAUGACUGAUUUCUUAAAACUCAAUUUUAGAUCUGAAGUGAGAAUGUCCUUUUACUAUGCAAGAACGUAGAAAAGUCUUCAACAACUUCUAAUAUCUGUUGUUGAAAAGCUGAAUUGCACUAUUGACCAACAGUUGCUUCUUUCAGAUCCCCACUAAAGUCUUUAGUUCUCAAUAUAGUAACUAAACAGGCCUGCAGAUAAGCAAACAGUCAAAGUAGUAAGGCGUUUUUUUUUCAAAGUUAAACAAAAAUCUGAUUAUAGUACAUAGACACUAUUGACAUUAAUGUAGUUUCUUCAAACUAAACCACUGGGAGAAUGAGCAAAUGUCUUAUGCAUUUUUGUUUUGCACUUUAUAACAGAAAAAAUAUGCUGGUAAUUUUCUUUUUUGGUUAAUUUCUAUGUUCAACAAUAAUACCUUUGUUGUUUGUUACCAUUAUUUGUCAUGUUAUGAACCAUCCUUUGUAAUGUAAUUUUUUUAUUGCGAAGAAUUGGUACAUUUUGUACUGUAGGCUGGUAAAGAUUUUUCCUAGAUAUGAAAAGUUGUGAUUUGAGCUAUUAGGAAACAUGGAGAAUUUAAUAUCAUUAGUUUGUUUCUAGAUAUUAUUUCAGGUAUAAGUACAGGAGAAGUACACUUAGUGAUUUUGAGAACAAGACGUCUUGAAAGUUGGCUGGGGCUUUAUGUUUUAAAGACACACAGCCUUUAUUAAUUUGUUUACUCUACUUGCAUCCCACAAUGCAAUGCAAACCUGAAUACAGGAAGAUAUUUGGCUCAAGCUGUGUCGGAUUGAGGUCAGAUUAUGUCUGUGCUAUAAACGAACCAUCUCUGGUUCUGGCCCGUAUGUUUUGGCCCGUAUCCUAGUGUGACUGUUGUAUUUACAUCUAAACGAAUGAACCUCACCAAGUGGGGGAAACUGAUUAAACACACCAGGUGGGAAAACACCCAAAGAGAUUCUCAAUUGCUAAAAAUAAAACACUUUGACUUAAAACUUAUGUGAAAUAAUUUAGUGAACUGAUCAGACAAAAUUGGAUAAAAAAAGAUGUGUCCUGUUAAAUCUGAUGUUAAAACGUAUUUCAGAAAGGGAACAAAGUGACAAUGAAACACGGUGGUGGCAGUAUGAUGAUCUGUGCUGCUUUAGGAUCUGGAUAGUUGCUAUAAAUGAUGGAACAUUAUUUACAGCAUAAUUUUCAUUUUUAGAAAAUCAUGAAAAAGAAAAACUUUACCAGACUAAAUAAGCAUAGCAGUGUAUGAGAGGUGAUUUUAACCUUGAUAAAUGCUUUUAGUCAUAAAAAUAUCAUUUAAAUAGUAGAAAUAUAUGGCUGUGGAGCACAUAGAAAAUGUCUGAAAUCCUUUUUAUAACUUUAAACACUACAGGAGCCAGAAAAAACCUCCUACCUGCAGAUACUUACCAUUAGAGAACUAUUCUCUGAACAGUUCAUUUAGCUCCAUUCAUGUAUCAUUUAAACCAGCAAAUGGUUGCAUCGGGAAAAGGAAACGAAUGGCUUUAUUUUGCACAAUCAAUUAACAGUUCAGUUAAAGUGAAUUAAUUGCAAAUUUUGUAUUUACUGACAUAAUUGCAAAAAGAGAAUAAAGAGAAAAGGAAUGAUGAGAAGGAUCUUUGAAGCAGUGAUCAAAUCCCAUGAUGGCGUUAAAAUUGAAGGUCGAUCCAGUACUGCUACUGGUCAGGAAAAACAGUGA